AUGCCUCGAACUACAAGACAAAAAUCGCCUCGCAAUGCAAUCAGUUUCAGAGAACCAACUCAAUCCAAGAAAAACAAAUUGAAAGUCUUCAAGAAACCGUAUUACGAUAGGAUGAACGAAUCAGUCUCUCUACGAUCAAACGUCUUAACUUCAAAUCAUGAUUUACAGAACGCUCUUUAUGACACGAAGGCUAUGGCUUAUGCUUUCAAUGAGCUUCAAAGUCAGGUUUUGUAUCUGAAGCAGCCAAAGAUAUCAAUGACCACGCCCAGAUCCAUCAUAGUAAACAAAUUACUGAACCCGCCGCUUUCAACUGCCAAAGACUCCCGUCCUCCCAUGCCUAUUCAAAUUCAAAUGGCCAAGGAUCUCAAAGCGACCCUCGAUAGGGAGAUGGGUGCUAAUGAAGCUCUCUAUAUUUACACCAAAUUCGAAGACUGGCUUGGUACCGAAGCUCUGCAGUCGGUGAUACUCGUCACCUGCUGUGUGUGCCAGAAAGUCAGGUUCAGGCAAGCUGCUGGCUUCUCUAAGCCUAGGCCCCUCAACGAAUUUAUUGACAGAGACCUCAGGUUGGGAUGCCAACAUCCUGUCUGUUCAACCUGUUUUCUCAAAUCAAUUUUCUCGUCUUUAGCACGAUUAAGAGAGACUUGGUGGAAAGCUCGAAGCUUAGAGAUAUGCUUGCCAUGUCCUUGUGGCUGCUCCCCCGCAGGAGUUCACAUAAAUGAUCGCAGCUCUUUAUUGCAGGUAUUACAGUACCUAGGGAAUGAAAAGGCUGAGUUCUCGGUGAUCAGAAUUUAUGACACAAUUCUGCAGCUAAUGCAAUCCCUUUAUUUUGUCGAACCCCCACUCACAUCAAAAGCCAGAAAGGUGGCAGCACGUCUGCAUUUCAGUAUGAUGAAAAAUGGCUUAAUGCAUUCGCCCUUUGACGAGAGAUAUAGACGCCAAACUCGAAGCGAGGCUGGAUCACCGUUGAAAGCAGACUUCAACCAUGUUGAACUAUAUAACAUCGACGAAGGCCGGAAAACAUUACAAGUCCCUAUCUUCACACAAUUGCUCCGGACUGAGAAGACUCCCAUUGACUGCGUCAUCUGUGCUGAAUCUAUCCAUAACGUCUCCUAUGAUGCUGUCGAUGAAUGGAUAGAAGUCUGUGUUGAGUUCGAUGGUGAUUGGGUAUGGAAGAUCUCACGAUUCCCCAAGAUAUUGCGAGCAAGGUGCAAACAUACAAUCAAUUUCUGCACGUCUUGCUUACAAAAACAUAUUGGAUCCCAGUUGGAACAGCUAGGCAAGAGCGCCUGCGACAGCAUCCGUUGUCCGUCUCAAACAUGCCAACGGUUGCUCACCUACGAAGAAGUACAGCUAUAUGCAAAGCAGGAGACAUUUGCCCAGUGA